CCAUAUAUAUCAGGCGCUCCAAAUGUUUCCACCCUCACACUGUGGGACUGUAACCUGGACAACAAUUGGUGGACAAAAUGUCACAGUACUCCGGCAAGAUCUGUUUCUAUGAGGGGAAAUGCUUCACAGGCAGGAAACUGGAGAUUUGCGGCGACUGUGAUAACUUCCAGGAUCGCGGUUUCAUGAAUCGGGUCAACUCCAUCCGCGUGGAGAGCGGUGCCUUCGUCUGCUUUGACCAUCCUGACUUCAAGGGCCAGCAGUACAUUCUGGAACACGGAGAGUACCCAGAGUUCCAGCGAUGGAACGCACACAACGAUCACAUGGGCUCCUGCAGACCAAUCAGGAUGCACGGCGAGCACUACAGGAUUGAGCUGUUUGAGGGAGCUGACUUCGUCGGUCAGUGUGUUGAGGUGUGUGAUGACGUGCCUUUCCUACAGGCCCGCGGUCUGACCAAGAACUGCAUCAACUCCCUUAAGGUCUACGGAGACGGAGCCUGGGUGCUGUAUGAGGAGCCAAAUUUCCGUGGCCGUAUGUACAUUGUGGAGAGAGGAGACUACUGUACGUUCAUGGAGUGGCAGUCCCAGAACGCCAACAUCCAGUCCAUCCGCAGGGUCGUCAACUACUUCUAAACCUCCAAUCUCUGAUCUUUACCCUCUGACCUUAGUCGCAGGGGUCAAGGCUGGGGUGUAAUUCUGUGUGGGUACAAGAUUAAGGCAAACAUUCAGAUAGCAAUGUAUGGUGUAGAACAGAGUCAGACAAGAGUCAUCUCAGCUCUAUUCAUUGCAUUUCUAUCUGUAAAGGUCUGAGCAUUUCAACCCACUUAAUGUGAAAACAUCCUUUGCUGGAGCAUACAGAACUAAACACAGCGGACUUGGUGAGGCAAAGUCAACUGUGAUGACUUUUUAGGGCAUGGAAUUUUGUCUAUCGCCUAACUGAGUUGUAAAAUAAUAAAAAGAGCAAAAAAAUA